GUGGGACAUCGUAGCCACACGCACAUCAGGCCGACACCAAAACAUCGCUGCAAAACAGGGGCUCAGUCCAGCCCCCGGCAAGGCCUGCAGGGUGGGGCCAGCCAGGAACCGCGAUCAAUUCAGGAAUUUUGGUGUAGCCUUUGCUCUCCCUCCUUUGCCUGGAAAGCUGCAGGCAGGCACCGGCCCGGUGCAGCCAUGCAGCCGCCGGGGCGGGUGCGCAGGCUGCAGGUGAGGCUGCAGGACGGCCCGGCCCAUGGCGGGGGGCAGCUGCUGCACGGCUGGGUGCGGCUGGAGCUGCGCGGGGCGCUGCGGGUGCGGGCGCUGGAGGUGUGUGCCCGCGGCCUGGCCACCGUGCACUGGCUGGAGAGCUGCAGCAUCGGCCUCAACGUCGUCUACCGCGACUACACCGCCUGCCAGACCUUCCUGUACCGCCGCCGGCAGCUCAUCUCCGACAAUGGUGAGGCCACUGUCCUGCAGGCAGGAAGGCACGAGUUCCCCUUCACCUUCCAGCUCCCUGAGACUCUGGUCACCUCCUUCGAGGGGAAGCACGGCAGUGUGCGCUACUGGGUGAAGGCCAAGCUGCACAGACCCUGGUCAACAGUGAAGAAAGCAAAGAAAGAGUUCACUGUGAUUGAACCCAUCGACAUAAACACCCCUGCACUGCUGGCUCCCCAGGCAGGUGCUAAGGAGAAACUUGCUCGUGCCUGGUACUGCAACCGUGGCCAAGUGUCUGUGACUGCCAAGAUUGACCGAAAAGGCUACACCCCAGGUGAGGUCAUCCCCAUCUUUGCUGAGAUCGACAACUGCACGAGCCGUGCCGUGGUGCCCAAGGCUGCCAUCAUCCAGACCCAGACCUUCGUCGCCCGGGGCACCAAGAAGCAGAAGAAGUCUGUGGUGACCAGCAUCACUGGGGACCCCAUUCCAGCUGGGAAGAGGGAGGUGUGGCACGGACGGGCCCUGAAGAUCCCACCCGUGGGGCCCUCCAUCCUCCAGUGCCGCAUUAUCCAGGUGGAAUAUUCCCUGAAGGUUUGUGUGGAUAUUCCUGGGACGUCCAAGCUGCUCCUUGAACUGCCUCUUGUCAUCGGGACCAUCCCGCUGCAUCCCUUCGGGAGCCGCACCUCCAGUGUCAGCAGCCAGUACAGCGUCAACCUGGACUGGCUCAGCACCAUCCCAGAGCAGCUGGAGGCCCCGCCUGAGUACUCAGCAGUCGUGUCCAGCCCAGAGACUGAGCAGAGCCUGGCUCCUCCGUGCCGCAGCGAGCUCGGGGACAUCCUGGAGGGUCCCUUCUUUGCCUACAUCCAGGAAUUCCGCUUCCGACCGCCUCCUCUCUACUCAGAGGUGGAUCCAAACCCCGCGUCGGACAGCAUCCGCCCGCGCUGCAUGACCUGCUGAGAGAAGCCUGACGAUCCCUGGGAUGGCAGCUUGCACCCUCACAGCACUGGGGUCUGCAAACGGGGACGUGGGACCCCGACCCCGCUCACUCAGCCACUCCUGUCGUGACUGUCCCACGGGCCCAGAGCCAGCGCGGCGCCGUGGCCCCGGCACGGGUAGGAGAACACGAGGGGCUGGCGGUGUGGAGCCAGGCAGGACACGCAGGCUUCAGAACUGCCCCGGGAUUUGGGGUUAGAGCAGGGAAUUCGAGCCGAGGUUGCUCUCCCCUUGCCUGCAGUGCUACGCUCCAAAAACUUCUGUCAGCUCCUGAGUGGAAAACGGGAGCUUGGAGGCGUUUCUCAGGAUUGCUGGAGAAUGUUUGUUUGGAUGGUGCUCAGGGCUGGGCCCUGGGCGGUGCAGGUGCAGCCCUUUGCCUGUGGCUCAGCAGGACUGCAGGUCCCCAGGGCAGUGAGAGCUCCUUUCCUGGCUGGAUGAAGGAGAGGGCUCAGCCACUGCUGAUAAUCUUUACCACAAGCCUGUGGGUACCUGCAGGGGGAAUGGCUUGAGCCGCUUAACCAAACUCUAAAGGCCUCCAAGGGCUGAUACAAGGACCUGGGGAUGAAUUUAUGAUCUGUGGCAGUGUUUUGGUGCCAUUUCCUAAGAACAGGAAAGCUGGUUCAUGAGUGUCAGCACCAAACCUGCACAGUGUGCUGGUGCCUCCCCCAAGAUGGGGCUGAAACCAACCCUCAAACUGUGAUACCAGCACAGGGGGUUGGUGGCCAAAGAAGAGAGAGGGAGGCCCAGUCUGAGGCUGGUGGCAGCCAGAGGUGCUGAUAAGAGAUGUGGAGUUGGGAUGAAUCCUUCAGGGCUGGGAGUCCUUGAGAUGUCAGAGACCCUGGUGGGGUGAAGACACAGCAGCAACCUGUGCUCACUGGGUGGGAACCAGGGUGGGAAGGGUGAGCUGGAUGUUGUGGUCAGGAGCCAGGGGCUGACCCCGCUCACUGCAGGAGGACCUGGGCAGAGUUUGGGGGCUGAUGACCUUUGCAUUCCCUCACUGAGACAAUCCCUGACCGUGCACAACCAAUGCCAGCGUGCCUUGGGGUUGCUCAGAUGAGUCUUUUCUAUCUAUGAACACUUUUGUAAUGACCACUCUUUGUCUCUACUCUUUUUGUACGACUUUUUGGUGGGGAAUUUUUUGUCUGAAAUAAAUUCUUUAAACCAAA